AUGUCGGCACCCAUCUUCGCCCAAGAGGCGACACAAGAACGAGCGGAGAAUGCCCGUCUCUCGUCGUUCGUCGGCGCCGUUGCUCUCGGCGAUCUCGUCAAGACUACGCUCGGCCCCAAGGGUAUGAACAAGAUCCUCCAAUCUGUCGGUUCGAACGAUAUCGUGGUGACCAACGACGGCGCGACGAUCCUCAAGUCGAUCCACCUGGACAACGCGGCGGCCAAGAUCCUGGUCAACAUCUCCAAGGUGCAGGACGACGAGGUCGGGGAUGGUACGACGUCCGUGUGCGUCUUGGCGGCCGAGUUGUUGCGCGAGGCGGAGAAGUUGGUUGAGAUGCGAAUUCACCCGCAGACCAUUGUUGAGGGAUACCGCAUUGCCUCUGCUGCAGCCCUCAAGGCGCUCGAGGACACGGCGGAGGAUCACGGUAAAGACUCCACCACCUUCCGGGAGGAUCUGAUGAACAUCGCCCGCACGACCCUCAGCUCCAAGGUCUUGAGUGCGGACAAGGAUUACUUUGCCAACCUCGCCGUCGAUGCCGUUCUCCGUCUCAAAGGCUCGACCAACCUGGAGCACAUCCAGAUCAUCAAAAAGCCAGGAGGCAAACUCACCGACUCGUACCUCGACGAAGGGUUCAUCCUCAACAAAAAGAUCGGCACCAACUGUCCCAAGACCCUCCAAAACGCAAAGAUCCUCAUCGCCAACACCUCGAUGGAUACGGACAAGAUCAAGGUCUUCGGCGCGCGCGUUCGGGUCGAAGGCACAGGUAAGUUGGCCGAACUCGAACGGGCCGAGCGCGAGAAAAUGAAGGCGAAGGUGGACAAGAUCAAGGCGCACGGCAUUACGUGUUUCGUCAACCGUCAGUUGAUCUACAACUACCCCGAGAGUCUGUUGGCCGAAGCGGGGAUCAUGUCGAUCGAGCAUGCGGAUUUCGAGGGUGUGGAGCGGUUGGCGUUGGUGACGGGAGGUGAGAUUGCGAGUACGUUUGAUCGACCGGAUCUGGUCAAGAUCGGUUCGUGCGGCAAGAUCGAGGAGGUGAUGAUUGGCGAGGAUAAGUUGAUCAAGUUUUCGGGUGUGGCUGCGGGCGAGGCGUGCACGGUGGUGCUUCGGGGUGCGACAACGCAGAUGUUGGACGAGGCAGAGAGGUCGUUGCACGACGCACUGUCCGUUUUGUCCCAGACGGUGGGCGAGACGAGGGUGCUCCUCGGUGGAGGUUGCGCAGAGAUGUCCAUGUCCAAAGUGGUCGACGAGGCUGCGCGCUCUACGUCGGGUAAGAAAGCCAUUGCGACCGAAAGCUUCGCCAAGGCGCUCCGACAGCUGCCGACGAUUUUGGCCGAUAACGCCGGAUUGGAUUCGAGCGAGCUCGUCGCCCAGCUGCGCGCCGCUCAUCAGCAAGGCAAUGCCACCGCGGGACUGGAUCUUGACAAUGGUAAGGUGGCGGAUAUGAAGGAGCGCGGCGUUAGGGAGAGCUACAAGCUCAAGAGGCAGGUCGUCGUCAGUGCUACCGAGGCCGCAGAGAUGAUCCUCAGGGUGGAUGACAUUCUCAAGUGCGCGCCGAGGAGGAGGGAGGCUCACUAG